AUGGCGACCGCCUGCUCCACGACAUGCGACAAAACUGCCGGAUGCGAAUCUUGCCACUCUGACUCAACGACCUGCCUCAACUGUAGAGCAGGUUUCGCAUGGCUAGGAGCUACUGGCCAGAAGUGCAAGCUGUGUGGCGACGGAAAGGGUACUGCAGUAGAUACCACAGACAAGCUCGAGACAGAGACAACUGAUGAAAUAUGCGGAACCACCUGCGGACUCGGCUGCAACGUCUGCACCGGAACAGCGACUGAGUGUGUCAACUGCCGAGCAGGAUACUUCUGGGCUGGCUCCAACACAUGCACACUGUGCUCAUCGCAAAAGGGAAAAGCUACCGACACCACUGACAGAAACGGCGACUCCGCAGAUACCAUGGCAACUGCCUGCUCCACCGGAUGUACUAAGGCUUCAGGCUGUGAGGCCCGGCUACAAGUGGCUCGGGCUGACCAGCCAGAUCUGCUCACUGUGUGA